AUGCAUCCACAAGCGCCUGGUGAUAACCUAGCGAGCGAGAGAAACUCGUGGAAAUGCACCGGCUGGCACACGUCGGGCCAAAGAUGCGCUAGGCUGAGCGGGUGGCUGCUCACGGUCGGGACGAAGAGGCUGGCGAUAAGCAGGAGUGUCCCGGCGAGGAAGGAGGCGAAGGAAGCUGCCCGAAGCAUUUCGGCCAGUAGCCGUCGGAUCGGCACCUCGACCGAGGAGGUAGUGAUUGUUGUCGCACAAGAGGGGCUGGAGAUCAAGAGCGAGCAGAGGAUGGCCAACGUCAACUCAGGGCCGGGCAGCCAGCAUUUGAAUGCCUAUGUCCUCGUCAUAGCUUACCACGAGGCCCUUCCACGGCCUGAGCGGCCAGCCGUUUGCCGCGUCGCACUACGUCCGGCGGCGCCCAGUCAGAACCCGAGCGUGCCGCCGACCAAGGCAUUAGAGGCAAAAUAG